AUGAAUCAGUCAGGUUCUGUGCAGCGGCUUGUAUUGAAUGCUGAGAGUACUGAAUGGGCUAUUAUGUAUCCAUUACCAAAUGAUCCAUGUGACAAUUAUGGAUACUGUGGUGCUAAUAGUAUUUGUAGAAACAGUCAUCCCAUUUGUAUGUGUUUGCAAGGGUUUACUCUAAGGUCUCAAGAAGAAUGGGAAGUGUUUAAUACAACUGGUGGAUGCGUGAGGAGGACGCUGUUGGUUUGCCACGGUGGAGAGGGAUUUUCACAGCUUCAAGGGGUGAAAUUGCCUGACAUGUUAGAAUUUUCACUGAACAAGAGUAUGAAUCUUGAGGAAUGUAGGUUGAAGUGCUUGAUGAACUGUUCUUGUACAGCUUAUGCUAAUUCAGAUAUUAGUGGAGUAGCCAGUGGUUGCAUAUGUGGUUUGGGGAUCUAG